GAGGAUCACUCUCUGUCACCGUCUUCACCUCGUUUUUCACAGUGUGCCACAGAAACAGUCACAAUAGAAACAAUGGGCGAUUACCGAAUCACCAGUGUGACAUCGGCUAGCACCAGGCCGGGGGGGCGAAGGCCUUAAUUGGGCCCGGGGGGCUAAAUGUGCGCCUACCACACCUACCCCAGCAGCCGGGGUUCACGCGGCGCCAUGGGAUGGACCACAACCACCGAUCAACCGGUAUUUGCCAACAUUAGUCCAGCCAAUCACCAUCAGAAGGAAGUAUUAUCUUCGAAACCCAGUCAACAUUUAGUAAAAGUAUCUUCCCGAAAUGGACCAUUAACCUCAAAGGCUUCGCUCACUUAUCUAAAGUCUGUACACAAUACCAGAGACUUCUCAUCAGACUAUGGAUCCCAUUUACACCAAACAAGUAGUAAAUCUAGUAGAGUUUUAAGUACCUCCUGUCAUAACGGAAUCUCUAGGACCUCUUUGAUCCACACAGACCUGCCAUUACUAGAGACAAGCAAAUCGUCUUCCAGGCUCAAUCUCAACCAGGGAAAACAGGUCACCACCCCAAUGUCGCCAACGGUGGAUACAUUUCCCGCAAUCAACAAUAACAGCCGGAAUGCUCACGAGCUCACCAAUAACAACAAAGAGGAGAAUGGUUUUCCGAUGACCCCAUCAGAGGCCCUUCGUAUAUAUGGAAAUCGACUGUCGGACUACGAAAAGACUGAAAUAGAAAAAUAUUCAAAAAUAUGGUACCUCGGAUUAACAGCAUGCAAGAUUCAUGGAGAACAAGGAACAACGCAAAAUGGUGGAUACGACGAUGAUAGUGGAAGUUAUAACAAAGUUUUGCAUGACCAUAUCUGUUACCGAUACGAAAUAUUAGAGGUGAUAGGCAAAGGUAGUUUCGGCCAAGUCAUCAGAGCAUUAGACCACAUGACCAACAAACACGUCGCUAUCAAAAUAAUCAGGAACAAGAAGAGGUUUCACCAUCAGGCUCUAGUGGAAGUAAGAAUCCUCGACCAUCUCAGGAAAAGAGACACAGAACGGACCCACAACGUCAUCCACAUGCUGGAAUACUUCUAUUUUAGGAACCAUCUGUGUAUUAGUUUCGAAUUACUCAGCCUCAAUCUUUACGAACUAAUAAAGAAAAACAACUAUCAGGGAUUUAGUCUGGCUUUAAUCAGGAGGUUCGCCAUGUCUCUCCUUAACUGCUUAAGUUUGCUGCAUGAGGAGAAUAUCAUUCAUUGUGAUCUCAAACCGGUAAGUUCGGUAUUUUGCAUAAUUGUUAUUCAUUAUAGCGCACUAAUCGAUUGGAAGCGUUGUUUUUGCUCGCCAUUCGCAGAUCAACGUUCUCUAAACUUAUGUACCUUUGCAGGUUGUAUAUUAGCAGAACUUCAUACUGGGUAUCCUCUUUUCCCCGGCGAGAAUGAAGUUGAACAGCUAGCGUGCCUGAUGGAAGUUAUGGGACCACCGCCUGACGAGCUCAUUAGUGUUGCUACCAGGCGUAGAUUAUUUUUCGAUUCCCGUGGGAACCCCCGCUGCGUAACCAACUCAAAGGGCAGAAAGCGGAAACCCGGUUCUAAGAACUUGGCGAUGGUCUUGCGCUGCAAUGAUCCCAUGUUCAUCGAUUUCAUCUCGAAAUGUUUAGACUGGAACUCCAAGAAGCGCAUGACCCCCGACGAAGCUCAGCGUCAUCCCUGGAUUCUCGCCGGAAACCAAUCCCAAAAACCGGGCGCCGAGCUGCGCCACAGCCACUCGGAAGUCAAUGUUUCGCACGAAAGUCACUCAUCAAGCAGCACUUCAGGCAGCAGCCACUCCCGCAUCCACCACAAAUGCAUCAUACAGAAAGGUGAUAAAGUCAAGGCCAAAAUCAUAGAAACUAGGUUACAUGACACCGUUACGAAGCUGGACUCGAAUCUGAACGAUUCCGGAACUUUUCUUCCUCCCAUUCUCUAGUUUUAGUUAUUGUAGAUGCGAAGAGAUUUUUCUAACCCGAUCUGUAGUGACAGUAGGUCCGAAAGACGAAUAGUAUGUGAAUGGGUUAAUAGAAAAUACUUUUUAGGCUUCCUGAUAAUUCACAGUAUGGGUCCUGAAACUGACCCACGCAGCACCCUUAUGAAAUGAUGAAUUUCUUUCUCGUAGCUAUUCGUGAAGAUAAUAUUCACAGGAUUAUUUCAUUCAACGAUAUCACACAUUUAAUAAUAACUUACAUAUCGAUCGAUCAAUCAAUAAUUCAGUUUGAGUGAGAGCAUUAUAAUUUUGUUUUCAUCAUUCAACAAUCUUACAGCGCAUUUACUUAACGACGAAGACUAUGCAACAUAGUUUGGUACCUUACAGCACCCUACAUUUACAAUUCAAUUGCUCGUCUUUUAUAAUAUUAGGAAAAAUUUAAACGUCACAAUGUUUUUUUAAUUCAAUGACAGAUCAACUACUCAAAAGUUGUCAUGAGGUUUAACAAGUAUUUUCUUUUGAAACCCCAAUGAUUCUUUAAAAAAGCCAACGAUAUAUACGACCAAUGAACAUGCUUUAUUCGAUAUUUUUUAGGUAAUAGAUAAAAUUGCAAAUGACGUGAUGAAAAAUUCUCUUAGUGAGAGAAAUUCUUAGGUCUGAUUUACAAUCUUUAGGUAUUUAUAAACUAUUUUUGAGGAAUAGAACUCGCAAGCUAGACCUCAGUUCAUUAAUAAGAAAUCACUUCAUCUAUAAUAAUUUGGUAACUGAAAAAUUGUGACAUACUGAUGGCCGCAAAGUAUCAUUGAUGUUAGCUGACCAAGAACAUUUAAAUGUUGUCCAUUUGCUUGCCUUUAAUUUCAAUGACGUUUAAUAUGGUUGGUAUUACUUCAACAAACUGUUUCAUACUGGUAACGUUUUUAUGCUUGUGAAUGUUCAUUUAAAGACAAGGUAUUCAUUUAUCACUUGCCGAAAUUAUACAUGGUAUCUUCUUUGAUCCUUUGAAGGUGGCCCAGAGUGACGGGUGGUAAAUCUCAAAAUAUAGAUUAAAAAUACAUUUUGUACAAUUUUGAUACCUCCAACUUUUACAAUUAUAUUUUGAAUGUGAAAUAUCUCUAUGCUCCUGGAAAUACUAUUUUUUUGUUCAACUACCAUAGGACAACUUGAAGAUACCCUGUAUAUGCACAGCUAGUGUUGAAGAAUUUGAUGUGUUCUGGAAUAACUAUCUGUUCAGUAUCGAUCUCCCGUACAAUAAUAACUGUGUAGCUAUAGUAACUGUUUUGAUAACUCCUCUGUUUAAGAGACUCCAUGAAACAAUUUUUUUAUUUGUUGGAAGAUACCUUUUAUACCUAGAAUAAUUUUAAACCUGUUUUAAACCUGUAUAUUUUCAUCUUUAGUUAAUACUUAAUGUAAUGUGUAUUAUUGUGCAUUUGCCAAUAUACAAGGUGUAGAAUAUGGUAAAUAUGAUGCUUUAUUUUCUGGUUUUACAGAAUUAAUAACAAGAAAUAAUUAUACGUUUCAUGAACUAACAAAACGCCCUGUGUAUUGGUAUAGUUAAAGUUGUAAAAAUCCCAAUGUGAUAUAUACUGAUAAUAUUGUAAAAGUAGAAGAUAGUUUUUAGUGCCCUGGCCUAUAGUGAAAUAAAGAAUAUUACAAGGUAUUACAUAAUCAAAUCUUUAUAGAAUAAUGUUUUUGUUUGUCACAAAAAAUGCACUUUAAUGAAAUCGAUAAUAAUAUUUUACACUAAUCUAUUGUAACACAAUAUCGAUAAUUUUGUUUGCUUAAAUAUUGUAAAUUGUAAUAAAGUUGUUGUAAGUUGUUAAAUAAGACUGAAAGUAUA